CAACCCCACCGUGCCGCGCGAGGAGAAGACGGCGCUCAUCGACGAGAUCGCCAAGUCGUCGGAGCUGCAGCCGCACACCGUCAACUUCCUCAACGUGGUCAUCGACAACACCCGCGCCAGCCUGAUGCCGCAGAUCGUGCGCGAGUUCGAGACCGCCUACAACGCGCUCACCGGCACCGAGGAGGCCGUCGUCACCUCCGUGGUGCAGCUCGAGUCGCAGGACCUCGCGCAGAUCGCCACGCACGUGCAGAACAUCACCGGCGCCGCCAACGUCCGGAUCAAGACCCGCCUUGACCCGGAGCUCAUCGCCGGAUUCACCGUGCAGUACGGCCGCGACAGCUCCAACUUCAUCGACAUGAGCGUCCGCAAGCAGAUCGCGGAGAUCACCUCCGAGUUCGAGAUGCCCUCCGUCAACCUCGAAGUCUGAUGCUUAGUAAUUGAUGUGACAAGGAUUUGCAACACCCAGUAAGGGCGUUGAUCUUCUUCAGACCUGGAGAUGCGACGGAGGGAUUAAGGCAUUCUUUUCUGCAAAAUAUAGUAAUGACAUAAAUCAUUUUUUCGGCAGGAGCCAGCCACUGUAAUUUUCUUUUUUGCCUUUGUGCUGUUGAGAUCUUGUAAAAUAAUAUGCUCCAAAAUACUCAACUAUAGCAGAGUUUGCUCCUCCAUCUUCAGGCGACAAAGUUAACAGCAUGUAAUGUAUAGCUAUGUAUCCGACCGAUCAAGUUGUGUGCAGACGUGUAUAGCAUGUGGCAUUGCUAUCAACUGGCAACCAAGAUCAUGUUGCAUUCUGAA